AAAGUGUGUUGAAAUAACUAUUACUUAAUUCAUAAUAACUUACUCCCUAAAAUAACAAACGAGCAUCGGAAAGCGUAAUGUAUCGCAUCUUAUCCGUAGGAGAGCUAUGAGUAUGAGCAUUCAAGCUAUAUGUGCUGAACUUAGCUUGAGAGUUGAGGCUGCACUCGUGUAAUUGCGGAAAAGCUCACAUAUCCACCAUUUCGUCGAUUUACGUCACUUGAAAGUACUACUUCACUGCGGAUUGCUGGAUGCCUGGAUGUAUUAAUUAAUCAGCCAAGGUGAAGAAAGAAAUUGCUGAUUGCUAUUAUUCAAAUUGAACGGUCUUUGCACUGAGCUUCACCUAUGAAUUGUUAGAUGCCAACUCUUCCUUUGCCAAUCCUAUGCCACGCACAAGGCGCUCUACUGAAGAACUGAGACAGCAUGUUGCUGCUGCCCAGCAGCUACAGCAACAGCAGCAAGGAGCAAGACGUACAACUCCAAGGCAAGCUGCUUUAGAUAGUGCUUCGUCGAUCUCGACUUCCCAGUCAAUAAUUGCUCAGAGCUUAUCAUCGGCCGCUGGAGCUGUAGCUCCGGUCGGCCCUUUUGGACAUACAUCGCUGCAGCCAGCGGGUCCUUUAGGAAUUGAAGUGAUGUCUUAUGGAGCUCGAGGAUCUCAGGGAGCAGGAGGAGCUGCAAAUCCACACGGCCUGCAUGUAAAUAAAGUCCCUUCUGUGCCCCUCUCCACUAUGGCUUAUGCCCAGCAGACAGGAGUAUCAUCACAGCAACAGAGAAGCUAUUCAGCAGCAAUAAGUGCAGCUGGCCUUGCCAUGACUUACCCAGCAUCUGCUGCAGCGCUCUCUGCCCAGCAACUUUCUUCAGCCAAUUACCCCAUCAAUCCUGAUGUUAAACUCAAGAAGCUUCCCUUCUAUGAUAUUUUGGCUGAGCUUUUGAAGCCUUCAUCUCUUGCCCCUCAAGGAUCAGGGCGUUACCAGGAGCUUGGCUUUAACUUCUCCCUCACGCCUCACCAGGCCAACAAAAUUGCUAACUCGCGCGAUCUCAGGCCAGGAAAACUUGACUACAAUGUUCAGAGUCCUAUUCCGACGAGCAAGCCUGGCGUUGAGCCCAAGAGACCGUCCCGUCCUGUGAAUAUCACGGCUCUCUGUCGCAUCUCUCCUACGGUCACCAACAGAGUUCAGGUGUCAUGGGCUUCAGAAUAUGGCCGAUGCUACGUCAUUUCGGUUUACCUUGUACAGAAGCUUUCUUCAGACGACCUCCUGCACCGCCUCAAAUCAAAGGGCGUCCGCAUUGCAGAUUUCACUCGCUCACUGAUCAAGCAGAAGUUGAAUGAGGAUGGAGACUGUGAGAUCGCCACGACGUCUCUGCGCUGCUCUCUUAUGUGCCCGCUCGGCAAAAUGCGCAUGUUGCUGCCGUGCAGAGCUAACACGUGCAACCACCUGCAGUGUUUCGAUGCCUCCCUCUACCUCCAAAUGAACGAGAGGAAGCCCACAUGGACCUGUCCUGUUUGCGAUAAACCUGCUGUCUAUGACACUCUCGUUAUCGAUGGUUAUUUCCAGGACGUGCUGCGCCUGAACACGACAAGCAACGAGGUGACGCUACACAAGGACGGCUCCUGGACGCCUCUGGUAGCCAAGAAAGAGCGACCUGAGCCCCAGGCCGAGAAGCGCAAGAGCAUCGUAGCUAUUGAGACGCUCAGUGAUAGCGAUGAUGAUGCCGCCCCAACCCAACCUUCUGCGGCUCCUACUAAUAAUGUCCUCAUUGAUGAUUCGGUGGUUGAGGAGGUACCCAGUGGCGGUGAAGCUGCUGCGAAAAAGAAAGCCUCCUCCAACGUCGAAAUAAUUACUUUGGAGACUUCCAGCGAAGAAGAUGACGAUGACGACGAUGAAGAAGAAGAUGACGACGCACAACCUCCUCCUGCCAAACGACCUUACGAUCCUGCACUCGCAUCCAGCGGUGUUCCUCCAUCAGAACAAAGCAACAAAAACGAUAGCACCGCUACCACACCCACACCCGAAGGCCUCUCUAGCAACAACGAGGUUCCUGUUGGCGUCACUGAAUCAUCCCCCAUGACCCCGAGUCACCAAGUACCGCUACCGCCUCCCGUGAUCAGCGCUAGCGUCGCAUCUUCCCUCGCGCAGCUUCCCGCUGGCACCUCUGUUCUCGCCACCAACGCUGACGGAAGCCUGCCUACUGUCGGCUCUCCUGCAUCAAAUGCUGCCGCUGUUGCUGCAGCCGCUGCGUCAUCUACUGCAGCAGCUGUCGCUACCAUCACCCCCGUCUCUCAUUCGCCUGUUGGAUCAGACGGAGCCAAGUCUGACGACUCCUGGAGUGUGGGGACAGUGGAUCCAGGCAAGCGUCUGAUCUUCCGCAAAUCCAUGACAUGUUCCUCGAACGGGUCGAGCGUUGCGACUGUGAACGGCGGUAGUGGCCCUUCUGACGGUGACGCUAGCGCGCUGCUUGCAGCUCCUGCCUCCUCUCCUUCUGUUGUCUCUUGCUCUCCACCUCAUAACGCAGCAACCCGGGAAGUGAGGGCAUCGGACGAGGCGUCAUCCAGUCAGUCUGACGUUCCAAACUCCCGAUUGUCCCCCGUCCCUCCCAGCUCCCCCAGUUCCCAGCCAUCCUUCAUGCCUAUCCCACGCGCGUUCCCUACUCAGAGCUCCCAGUCAACGUCCUCCCAGUCCUCCUCGGAAAUCUCCCAGACUACAGAAGGCCUCAACACCGGUGGUAACGACUCGGUACAGCUAACGCGUCGCACGCGCACGUCCAACAGAGCGACUCGUUUCCAAGGCAUCACGUGGGAAGGUGAUUCAGACUCGUCCAGUGACGAGGAAUUUGACGGAGAUGUCGCGAGGGAUGAUUCAGGUGGGCGACGGAGGCAGAAGAGAGGACGUUCGAUAUCGGCAGGACGCAGUCGAACUACCAGCUCAUCCAGCAGCACCAGCGCCACGGGAGUAUCUGAUGCUACCCCCGCCGCUAGUGCAUCGCCCUCACGUUGAAGUUCCUUCAGAGGAGUAGAAUAAAGUCACGGCACUCAAACACGGCGAUAAGACACAAUUCAUUGCAUUAAAGUGGCAUCCGAUAGACCUUGAAUUUCAGGCACGGCUUUCGAUUCGAAUAAAAUACAAAUUCUAUUGCAUUAAAGCGAGGACACUAUAAAUUGCAUUAAGGUGAAGAUAUAAAUGAAAGUUCUAAAGUGACAUUUUACUAGCACUGUCAUGACUACCGGUCGGUCAUGUGAAGGGACAAGCUUACAUGAUCAUGCUUAUGAACCAUCUUGCUAACGUUUUUUAUUUCAAAACUUUUAUCUCUUGUAUUGCGUCUGCUGCGUUACUCAUUCGAGUUUCUUCGUUGGAACUUAGACACAACUUCUUGAAGCUUGGAUAUAACUUGAUAUUGAUAACUAUCUCAUUCGUAAAGAAGAAAGGACAUAAGUGAUAACAAAUAUCAAUGUCACUCGUUUACUACGUGCUCACCAUUAUUUUGAAAGCAAAGAAAAUUCCGCAAAAGUUCGUAUCUUUAUAGAAAACGUCGAGUCCAGCUACAUCGUCAGCUGGACACUCUUGUAUCGGUUAGCUGGACACUCACGCUAAGUCAAGAUGUUUUUUUUAAUGUUUAUUGAUGGCUUAAAAUUCAUUUCAAAUCAAUAAAUAUGUGGCAAAAUUAAUCGUCUUUAAUCGAUACACAUUGUUUCUGUCACCAAUUAGUCUUUUCCUCCGAUUUUGCAUUUUUUUACCCAAAGUUUUUUGCUAAAGUGAUUAAUUCAGUAUUCGGUUUCAUCCCACGUGCUGACAACUCGUGCUUCUGGUCACGCUUGAUCUUGAGUUGAUUUUUUAAAUGGUUCAUUUAUGGAUGUUUACUUUCAUGUCUCCAUGAUACGAAGGGAAAACAGUGAUCCAGGGGUGUGCAUCGCUGUAAAUACUUUGUAAAUAAUUAUUGCUAAGAAACAAUAUUUUCAAGUUUUUAUUGGGAAAGGUAUGAGCUGAAUGAAAGCUGUUGGUUGCGUCUGUCUGUAGUUAGUCGAAAAUUUUCUCAAGGAUGCUUAGAAUAUGGUUGAAUUGAAUCGACUUACAAAUCAAUUAUUGUUAGCACUUUGUUUAUUAUUGCUGGUGAUCGAACCAAAACGUAGGUACGCGAGACUGGCGACUGCUUCACGUUAAUCUCCUCGACGGUAUCACUGAUGAUUUAUAACUCUCCGGUAUUUCUUGUGUUUCUUCUUGCCUAUCAAGUAUUACUUUAUUUUACUGCCACUCCCCAGCUAUUGCCGUUGUUCCUACAGCCGAAACAAGUCCAAUUAUUCAAACGUGUUUCAAUAAUGCAGUGCAUUACUUGUUGAACAAUAGGAGCGUGCAUUGAGUGGCAUUCAAGAGUUUCUCCUCGUUGCCUUUACGUUCAUAUUUUGAAUUGCUUAGAUCCCCAUUAUUUGAGGACUGACACAUUGUUGGUAUACUUGAGCAAUUUGAUGAAAUCUUGAAAAGAAUUAUCUUGGUUAAAAUGAGAGCCAUAAAAUUGCCUGUACAUUUUCUGACUAAAUUGUCUCCCAUUUCUCAUGUUUUGUCUCUUGAAGACUUCGGUUUCUUUAGCUCUCUUGGCUCUGUUUCCCUUAUUUGGUAUCGUGCCGACAAGAUCGUAUACGGUUUAAGAAAUUUAGUUUUACAACGGCUUGACUAUCUUUAAUUUUAUGCUUGGAAGUUUAAAUGUACAUUAUUCGGUGCCAGUUGUUCGCGCUGGAGCCUAGAUGUCCAGAUAAGCUCUGAAUAAUUUACAGAUUAUUUUGAGCGUUAUUUUCUGUUUCAAUCUUCCGAGUAAAAUGAAUCAUUUCUUUGUGUUUGCAAUUGAGUUGUAUGGGCACUAAUAUAUUUUAAUCACUGCACUUCGGUCAUUUCUGUGUGAAAUGUAUAAGGACUUAGUUGUAGAUUAUGUAAAGCAACGCUUCACGAGCCACUUGACUAGUGUACCGUUAUAAUGAAUGUUUACAUACAAUAAAAUACAAUAAAAUUU